AUGCCGAAAACGAGCUCGCAAUCCCCAAAGCGGUCACCAUUGGCCAUGGGAAAAUACCGCCGAUCAGAACUGUCGCAAUUGACAUCAGCGCGAAACAAAGGCCUCAAACACCCGGCUGGAAAAAAGACUGUCACAACCAAGAGUCUAAACAGAAAAAGGAAGCCGUCUUUUUCUUCUAUCUCAACCAUAUCCUCGGUAUCCGGCUUCGAAGAUGAUGAUGAACAGGAUGAAGCAGACUCCGAAGCAAGCUCCGAUGAAGAGGACGAGUCCGCUCGUCGGACCCCGUCUUACGGAGGCAAGAGCCGCAGAGGGCCUAAGACGGGGUCAAAGAUGAAAUCCUCUACUCUAUCCACCAUCAAGAAGAGAAAGCUUUCCUAUGAUGAAGGCUACGAGGGCCAACAAAGUAGCGCCGGUGACUCGGACAGCGAUUAUGCGGCCGUUGACGAGAUUGACGACGACGAAGACAUGGAUGUCGAGAAGCUUGAAGAGCAAAUGAUUCUCGAGUCCGAAGAGGAUAGUCAAAUGAUGAAAAGCACAUUCUCCACGUCAGAUGCCCCCGACCUUGACGUGUGGGAGGGAUUCGGUAGCUUCGAUGAUCAUAUCCUGUUCUCCACGGAACCUCUACUCGAGGACAACCUAUACAGUGCAAUGGAGACAUUCGGCGAGACUGAUUUCACUAGCGAAGCCGUCGAAACCCCUGUACAAAGACAUGUCCAUUUCGUUGUCGAAGAGGAUGACGACGCCGACUCGGACUCUUCCAGUGAUAGCCGCGACGGUAGUACUGACGAUGAGAUUCCUGGUGAUUUCUUACAACAAGACAGCCUGGAUCCUACUCUUCGCCGUAUGAUUGAUAGUGACUACGACCCCAGCAACAACCAGCGAUAUGAAGAAAUAUUUGGGGAGUCCGAUAUCAGCCAUCCGGCCAAUAUUUAUCACGUAGAGUCGGACGCCGUCUCAGACGGCUCUAGUGGCUAUGAAACCGACGAUGGAGAAACAACAGAUGAGGAUCUACCACCCCCAGCCACCAUCACACAUCCGCGAUCUAUUCUACGACGAGAUUCGACAACUUCGUUGACAACAACCGGAGACUCUACCAGCCAGAGGUCGAACCCACCACGUCGGCGCGGACCUAUUAUGGGAACAUUUGUCGCUGAUCCCAAAAAGCCAGUUGCUCUUGUCGAUUGCACUGGCAAACAUCUAGUCAUUAUCCCUGCAUAUGCCUCUUCUCGUCACGACUGGCUGGAGUCGGCGACCAACAGCAUGUGCGGAACAGCACAUAAUAGCCCUCGAACAACCACCAUGCAUCUGGUCGAUGAAAGCGACACAGAUGCUCUUACUUCACCGAACGGGUUUGAACUGAACCCAAUGUUGAGUUCCGGUAACCUCAUGAUGACCGCUUUGGGCAAUGAUGCCACCCCUGGUGGGCAAGUUAUGGGUCCACCCGAAGCGUUCUAUCCAUCGCAGAGUUAUGGCGGAGACAGCUCGUAUGAUGAGGACGAUGAGGACGAUGAACGCAUGCUGAAUGUUGAUGAUUUUAUUGACUUUGGCAAUGGAUCGUCUGACGAAGAAGAUGAGGGGAUGAACAAGGGAUCUGACGAUGACGAAGGCCUCACGAAUUCACCGGCAGUUGUGUCCAAUAUGCAAGGCCUGACCACACCGACACCAAACCGAGCCAAUGGCAAUGAUAACGAUAGUGCCGAGCGAUUCCUCAACCAUCUAGACAAAGGAAUUGUGACUGCUUUCCGCCGUAAUCACACUCGAUAUCAGACCUUGAUUCGCCUUCCUCAACACCGCGAGUUUAUGCCAGCCAAUUCUCCAUCUCGCGCAGCUAGUGUGUUCAAACACUCUCGUUAUGCUGAUCCUCGUACUCCCCCUCGCAAGCGCAAGAGCAGUCAAUAUUCGGGCGGCGAAGCCGUGCGACGCAAAUUAAUUGACGGCCAUCAACGCAAUCAGCUCUCUUUCUAG